GAGGGUCUCAUAAGGAAUAAUAUUCAACAGUAUAAGAUUGACAUGGCUGAUGAGGUCAUUAAUGCUGGGCGUUUUGACCAAAGGACGACUCAUGAAGAGCGACGAAUGACAUUGGAGACUUUGUUGCACGACGAAGAGAGAUAUCAAGAAACUGUCCAUGAUGUGCCUUCUCUGCAUGAGGUGAACAGGAUGAUUGCCAGGAGCGAGGAGGAAGUUGAGUUAUUUGAUCAGAUGGAUGAAGAAUUUGACUGGACGGAGGAGAUGACUAAUCAUGAGCAGGUGCCUAAAUGGCUUCGAGCUAGUACCAAAGAGGUGAAUGCUGCUGUUUCUGAUUUGUCCAAAAAACCGUCAAAGAACAUGUUGUCUAGCAGUAAUCUGAUUGUGCAACCUAGUGGACCGGGAGGUGAGAGAAAAAGGGGGCGGCCCAAGAGCAAAAAGAUUAACUACAAGGAAAUUGAAGAUGACAUUGCAGGUUACUCUGAGGAAAGCUCUGAGGAAAGGAACAUUGAUUCUGGGAAUGAAGAAGAGGGAGAC